UGCUCAUGGAAAGCUCUCAAUUCUCCUCAGUGACGCCUUCUUACUUCACUAAACAAAGCGUCCCGAACCAAGACCUUUAAAAGUCCACUUUUUCUUUUUCAAAUCGUCGAGUUGGUCCUUGCGCCAAAAACACGAAACCCUAAAACACCGCGCGUAAAUACACACCGACAACAAUGAGUGACACGGCAGCAAUGGAGGUGAACGCGGAGGCCCGGAGGGUUCUAGCCGUGUCCAUCAGCAAGCUGUACGCGUCCAGGACCCAAAGAGGCGGACUGAGACUCCACCGGAGCCUCCUGUUGUCCCUGGUCAUGCGCUCGGCCCGGGACAUCUACCACUCGUCGUCGCCACCGCCCAUGGAGAGCGGUGCGGAAGAACCGACCGAGCUGGAGCCGCCCCAGCCGGAGCAGACACCCGCCGAGGUGAGCCUGACGACGGGGGGAGGUGCGCACCAGGAGGCGGACAUAGUGGAGGACAUGGAGGAGGGGGAGCCCGCCGAGGACAAAGAGAACCAGAGCCCGACGAGACGCUCCAGGAAGCGUCGGGGAAGGACGUCAGCGGCGCCGGACUUCCUCCCCAGCAAGAGGGCGAGACUGGAGCCGGGAGAGGAGCGUCACUCCGCUCCGGCCCCGCCGGCCAGCUGCCGCCUGGGACCCGCGGAGUCCCUCACGGCUUUGUCCCUUAACCGGGUCAUACCGGCCUGCUGACACCACUGAGGAGGCUCCACUGGACUUUGGAGCCGACUGUUUGUUUUUCUCACACACGAGUGGUCUGGAUAUGACCCACAUCCACGGUCUUGCGGAUGGACCGUUCCGGCCCAGAGGAGCGAGCUCUCCGAGUGGAAAGUUCGGAUAGGAGCGAUCCCGUGGGCUGAGUCACACAAGAGGAACCGGCCCGACAAGAAGUGACUCACUGAAAAGUGCUGACUCAAAGUGUGAAUCAGCAGGAAGUGAGGUGGUCGAUGGUUACCCACCCCACGCAGACACACUACUGCUGUGGACCAACAUGGUGCUGCAAAGGUGCUGCUUGCAUCUUUAAAACUUUCCUGUGUAUUAAUGAAUGUGAACAUCCCGUAAUAAUAAUUGUUAUGACAGUACAUACCUCACCUGUAAGCUGCUUUUAUGCUUAAAAAAAAAACAAAAACAAAUCUUUGUUAAUAAAGUUUUAAAUGUACAA